CGGGAGGGAGCGCGCCUAGGGCGGAGCGUAGCUGUGGGGAGGGCCGGGCGUGCGGGGCCGCCCCCCACUAGUACUCCUCCCGGGCCUCUGCUCUCCGCCCGUGGGGAGGGAGGUGGGGGGCUGGGUGGGAAGAGGCGAGUGCCAGCGCGCGCGCUCCCGGGAAGGAGAGGUCUAAGCACUAGAACCAGCGGCCCCAGGUUUCCAGAAGGGAGUAUCUGGGCAGUCUGCGAGCGGCUGGGGCCAGACGGGGCCGAGUCGAGGAAGCGGGCACGAUGGCCGCCCUCCUGCUGCUACCCCUGCUGCUGCUGCUGCCGCUGCUGCUGCUGAAGCUGCGCCUAUGGCCGCAGUUGCGCUGGCUCGCGGCAGACUUGGCCUUCUCGGUGCGCGCCCUACGCUGCAAACGGGCCCUUCGAGCGCGCGCCCUGGCCGCGGCUGCCGCAGACCCGGAAGGUCCAGAGGGGGGCUGCAGCCUGGCCUGGCGCCUCGCGCAGCUGGCCCGGCAGCGCCCCACGCACACCUUUCUCAUUCACGGCGCGCAACGCUUUAGCUACGCGGAGGCCGAGCGCCAGAGCAACCGGGCUGCGCGCGCCUUCUUGCGCGCGCGAGGCUGGGACGGGGGGCCCGGUGGCGGCGACAGCGGCGCGGGGGGCGCCGGGGAAGGCGAGCGGGCGGUGCACGGCGUACGAGACUCGGCGGCCGGAAGCGGAGCUGCGCGGCCCGUGCGGGAAGGGGAUGGCGCGGCCCCUCUGGCACCUGGGGCCAUCGUGGCGCUGUUGCUCCCCGCCUGCCCAGAGUUCCUGUGGCUCUGGUUCGGGCUGGCCAAGGCCGGCCUGCGUGUGGCCUUUGUGCCCACCGCUCUGCGCCGGGGUCCCCUACUGCACUGUCUCCGCAGCUGCGGCGCUCGCGCGCUCGUGCUGGCGCCAGAGUUCCUGGAGUCCCUGGAGCCUGACCUGCCAGCCCUGAGAGCCAUGGGGCUCCACCUGUGGGCUGCAGGCUCUGAAACCCAUCCUGCUGGAAUCACCGAUUUUCUGGCUGAGGCCUCCGCUGAAGUGGAUGGGCCAGUGCCCGGGUACCUGUCUGCCCCCCAGAACAUAAUGGACACGUGCCUGUAUAUCUUCACCUCUGGCACCACAGGCCUCCCCAAGGCUGCUCGGAUCAGUCAUCUGAAGGUCCUGCAAUGCCAAGGAUUCUACCAGCUGUGCGGCGCCCACCAGGAGGAUGUGAUCUACCUUGCCCUCCCACUCUACCACAUGUCUGGCUCCCUGUUGGGCAUCGUGGGAUGCUUGGGCAUUGGGGCCACAGUGGUGCUGAAGUCCAAGUUCUCAGCUGGUCAGUUCUGGGAGGACUGCCAGCAGCACGGGGUGACGGUGUUCCAGUACAUCGGGGAAUUAUGCCGAUACCUUGUGAACCAGCCGCCGAGCAAGGCAGAACAUGGACAUAAGGUCCGGCUGGUGGUGGGCAGCGGGCUGCGACCAGACACCUGGGAGCGCUUUGUGAGGCGCUUCGGGCCCCUGCAGGUGCUGGAGACGUAUGGACUGACAGAGGGCAACGUGGCCACUUUCAACUACACAGGACAGCGGGGUGCUGUGGGGCGCGCCUCCUGGCUUUACAAGCAUGUCUUCCCCUUCUCUUUGAUUCGCUAUGAUGUCACCACAGGGGAGCCGAUUCGGAACACCCAGGGGCUCUGUGUGGCCACAUCUCCAGGUGAGCCAGGGCUGCUGGUGGCCCCCGUGAACCAGCAGUCACCAUUCCUGGGCUAUGCUGGGGGGCCAGAGCUGGCCCGGGGAAAGCUGCUGAAGGAUGUCUUCCAGCCUGGGGAUGUUUUCUUCAACACUGGGGACCUGUUGGUCUGCGACGACCAAGGCUUUCUUCGCUUCCACGAUCGUACUGGAGACACCUUCAGGUGGAAGGGGGAGAAUGUGGCCACGACCGAGGUGGCUGAGGCCUUGGAGGCCCUGGAUUUUCUUCAGGAGGUGAACGUCUACGGAGUCACUGUGCCAGGGCACGAAGGCAGGGCUGGGAUGGCAGCCCUGGUUCUGCGUCCCCCCCACUCUUUGGACCUUGUGCAGCUCUACGUCCGUGUUUCCGAGAACUUGCCACCUUAUGCCCGGCCUCGAUUCCUAAGGCUUCAGGAGUCACUGGCCACCACAGAGACCUUCAAGCAGCAGAAGGUUCGGAUGGCAAAGGAGGGCUUUGACCCAAGCGCACUGUCCGACCCCCUCUACAUUCUGGACCAGGCUGGGGGCGCCUACCUGCCCCUCACACCUGCCCGGUACAGUGCCCUCCUGGCCGGGGACCUUCGCAUCUGAGAGCCUCCACACCAGUGUGCCUGAGGGAGGGACUUUGUGGGGUGGGGUUAUUGCAGGUGUAUCAGCCGCCGUCAGGGAUCUCUUCUAUACCAGGUUUGUAAUCUUUAUUUUGUAAUAAAUGUGGCCAGAGCCCAUCUGGCUCUG